CUCAAACAUGUCACUAUCACCUAUGGUUCGACAAUCCAUUACUGCCAUAUGCACUACUCGUCCAUUAUUGGCACUAUCUCACCAAUCACAGAUUAGAUGCAAGUUUUCUAAACCCGAUCUACAUGUCUAUUUGCUGGAAGAUGUCAAAGGUCUUGGAAAGCGAGGCGAGAUUGUCCAAGCUGCACCCAAAACAGUUCGAAACUACCUUGUACCAUUUAAACUGGCGUACUAUCUGCCUAGAUUCAACGACCAACCAGUUCUUCCAGAAAACUGGAUUCCCAAUACCAAUGAACAGGAGCUCGAUAUCGAAGUCAUAUCUCCAGCAUUCUCAACAGUAAUAUAUAAUGAAUCAGCACCACAAACUGUUCUUUCCCCAGUGGCUGAUAUAACUAUGGGACCAGUACGUUCAGCGGCCCAAAAGGAGUUGGUUGAAAAAGAAUACGAGCAGCAUGAUAGCGAAAAUCGUAUUGCAUUACUCUCACUCGAUCGAUUGGUUUUCCAUCGUGUGCGGAUUUCGCCAGACUCGGACAAGAUUUUUGGAUCAGUAUCUCCAUAUGACAUCUCGCUGCUUUUGGAUCAGUCGCAUUCGAUUCGUGUCAAUCGUGACUUGAUUAUUAUAAAAUCUCAAAAAAUCAAGCACAUUGGUGAGCACGAUGUUGAAAUUCAGUUUGGUUCUGGCCUACAGCCCGUUCAAAUCAAGGCUGUCAUUGAAGAGCUUAAAUAAUAAAUGGGUUGGCCAAAAAAAGUG